AUGGGAUCAUAUCAGAUUUCCCUGUUGUGCACUUUAGCGCUUUUCAGCAUCAGCACCGCUGUUCCUGACAUCCAGCAGAACUAUACGAUAUGCAAUUGGGCCCGUCUCCGCACUGGAAUCAUUCGCGAUGCUAUUUACCUUGAUGGCGGUCUGCUAUGGUGGCAGACAGCAUUUGCUGAUGGCUCAACGCCUGUCGUUGCGAGCGAUGGAGGCGAAGGCGGAGAUAUGUAUCGCUUGAAUUUGUCUCGGCCUUUUGACACAAGCAGUACUAAUCUUUCCGCUCUUCUCGAAGCUAUGCCCAAAGCAGGCGGCGCUGGCAAUAAUAUCGCUCCCAACUAUGUCGAUGGGACCAUGUUCACCAACGAUGGGGAAUUGUAUCUCUAUGGCGGUCUUCCUCGUUUGACCGAUUCUUCAUCCGGGCAAACAGACAACACUGUGCUGGGCUAUGAAGCAUAUCAAUACGGUCCUGAUCGAUCAAGCUGGACACCUGGCUUCUACCAAGGAUCUUCUGGUGACAACGUCACUCGAUACGUUACGAAUGGCGCCGGCGUAUCGGCGCCUAGCGAAAAUCUGGGAUUCUACUUUAGCGGUAUGCGCGCCCCUGACUGGGGUGAGAUACAUUACGAGGACUCUUCGGCAAACGUUACGGCGAAUACCAUGAUCCAGGUCGACAUGUCUACCAUGCGCGACGAGGAGUGGACGAAUCUCACCCUGCCAGAUGAAGUUCGUCCCCGAGCGAAUGCCGAGCUGGUGUGGUUACCUGUCUCCGAGCGCGGUGUUCUGGUCGCGGUAGGGGGUGUUACAGAACCAGAGGAGAUCUAUCCUGCCGGCCUCAACAGUACCCAGAGGUCAGAAUCAGAAGAAAUCAGCCCUUCUUUCAUGACCUCUCUUCCACUAUACGAUAUUGCAUCAGAACAGUGGUUCGUCCAGAACACAACAGGCACCGACUCGCCGCCUCAGCUUACGCAGUUCUGCUCCGUUGUCGCUGUUGACGAGGACAGUUCAUCAUUCAACGUCUACAUCUAUGGCGGCUACAACGGCAUAGAUGCCACGAAUGUUCCGUCUGACGAUGUCUGGGUUCUCAGCUUGCCUGCCUUCACUUGGACCAAAGUUUACCAGGGCAAUGGUGAUCAUGGUCGUAGUGGACAUCAGUGUGUGUCGCCCUAUCCUGACAAGAUGUUUGUGAUCGGCGGUGUUCACCAAAAUCAAGCACAGUGCCUCAACGGCGGUUUCAUUCAAGUUUUCAACCUGAACAAGCUCGAGUUUGAAGAUGUUUACCACCCUGAUGAUUGGGAGCAGUAUAAAGCUCCAGAAAAGAUCUCGACAGCUAAUCGUCGAGCUGUCAAACGUCAGAUUGCUUGGUCAAGUCCAGAACUUGAGAAGUUAUUUUCGACCAGAUACACCCAAGAGGUUCAGCACUACUAUCCGUACAAGUCAGAUGGCAGUCUCUCCGACGGUUCCGGCGACACUAACUCGGGCUCGGGCUCAUCGGUCAACACAACAGCGAUUGCUGUAGGAGUGUCAAUAGCGUUAUUGAUCAUCGGCAUCAUCAUCUUGGUAAUCUUCCUUCUUCGCCGCAGAGGCAUGUUACGAUCUGGAUCAACCGAAAGUAGUCGCACCAAGAGAAGCCGGAUAUCGCAGUGGAUCCACGGCAGCUCCUGCCCGGUCAUUCAUUCAAAGGGAGGCGACAACGAUUCCAGAUCUUCUUUAAACGCAGAUAUGGUGAAGCCAUAUUCAAAUGCAUCAGAGCAAGUAUCAUCUGAAUCUUCUACGCCCCCAACAACCACCCUAACCAAUAAUUCCCGCGAAAGGCUGCCACCACAAGAGAUGGCAGCGGUCGACCGACCUCAUCCUCCCUUCGAGCUCGCUACUCCAUACAACAGCCAAGAUCACCCUCGACAUCGGAACACCACUGAUUACGCCUACAAGGCAACUACUGGCCACUCCUCGUCCGGCUCACAAUCGAACUCCUCCGAAAACAACUACACCACUCACAAGUCUUCGAAAGCUAAGACCUAUAACCUUACCACCAAUUAUGAUGACUGUGUUGCGGAGGCGCGUGCGGACGUUGAACGCAAUUCAAUGGAUCGUUCCUCUACACAGUCCUCAAGUAAGGCCUGGCCCCUACCUGCCAGUCGCCCGAACUGGACCCGCACAGCAUCUAGUAGCUCCAACAACGGCGAUGUCACAACUCAUCUAUUGGCACCCGCGCCAGCAGUGCCUCCCACACCCAGACAGUACCGCUCUCUGAGCUACGACACAACGCCAGACCGGCUUCGUCCCGUAAUGCCAGAUCAGCCAGGGAGCAAUUCGUCCUCUUCGGAACCAUCGACACAGAGCAAGCAAGACUCAAGCAUUAGCUCAAUGGUCAGUCCCAUACGGGAAGCCAAUGAUGAGGAUUGGCAACAACAUACUGUCCCCAGAUCGACGCCACGGAUCGUUAGGGGCACUCAGAGGGAGAGUCUGAUGGGCGCGAUCAGUCCUGUGACACCGGAAGAGACGAGAGGCUUUGCUUGGCAAGCGAAUGAGGCGCAGCAUCAUGGGAGGAGAGGAAGCAGUGAGGGUGAAGGAAGAGAAAAGUGGUGGGAAAGCCGAUCCUAA